AUGGAAGCACAUCCAGAAGAACAAAUUCAAAAGUACAUUUCGAUUUUUUUAUGGAAUAUAAUUAGAAUAAUCCAAUUUAUUAUUCCAGUUAUCGCUAGUUUUAGUAAGGAACAUCCUACUUUGUUCUUAUCCCUCUUUUCAUUAUUUGCAUUGUAUGUAAUUUACAGAAUAUUUUCUAAUAUUAUAUCUAUUAUUAGGAGACUAUUCUAUAUAUUGAUCAUAUUGUUUGGUGUAUUUUGUUAUCUAAGAGGAUUUGAUCAGGUUUUAGGAAAAGAUAUUCCAAUGUUAUAUAAAUUAUUAAUCCAGGAUAAAAAUUUUGAAACUGCAAUUGUUCAGUGGACUGCCUACUUAACUAGCACUUCAGUGAAUGGUUCAGCAAUACUUUUCAAUUUUGUGAAGGCUAGAGUCGUCGAAUAUGUACAAGAUAUUACAAGAGACUAG